AUGCUUCCUUCAGCAGACAAUGAAGUGGAGAGAAGGGUCAAGGCUGAGGUUAUCCACCACACUUCAAGACCCCCAAGGGACAAAAAGAUCAACCCUUCAUCUGCAGCUAAAGGGCAUCGCCAUCAAGUUAGUAGACCAUCCAGGCCACCACAGCCACCCAAGAGAAAAGAUAAAGUGAAGAAUAAGGAAACCCUGACAGAAAAUCUGACCCAGUCAAGUGAGCCGGCGGCUCCAGAAGGAGAAGCUAAGGUGGCCAGUACUGUGGUGAAUGUGGACAUGGUGAGGGAGAAAGAGGAGCAGCAUGAGGAGUUUCUGGGGCUCCUGGAGAGUGGCUGCCAGGAGGAAGGUGUGAAACCCAGGAAUAUGGGAGUCUGUGAGUUUCUGCUGUUAGUUUUGGUUGUUACAGUAGUCAUCUUACUUUUUCCUCUCUCCAUCUGGUUCUGUUUACAGAUUGUACGAGAACAUGAGAGAGCAAUGAUCUUUAGAUUUGGACAUCUUCUUCAAAGAAAGCCCAGAGGACCAGGGCUCAUUUUUACCCUCCCAUUUUUGGAUGUUUGCCAUAAGAUCGACAUUCGAUUAAAAAUGCUUAAAGUACCUACUCACACAGUGGUAACAAAAGAUCUGGUUAGUACAGAACUGAGUACAGUAUGUUUCUACCGGAUUGAGAACCUGUUCUUGUGCUACGCUUCACUUGCUAUGGUCCCAUCCAUACUGGAAGGUUUAAUGCAGGUCUCAAACAAAGAGAUUCUCGCCCAUCACACUUUCACUGAAAUACUAUUGGACAGGAAAAUGAUUGCUCAGAAGAUUCAGGUUUCUCUUGAUUCUGCUGUCUGCAUAUGGGGAAUCAAAGUUGAAAGAGCAGAUAUUGAAGACAUUUAUCUUCCCCCUGAGUUGCAACACAACUUUGCUAUUGAAGCCGAAGCCAAGAGACAGGCACACAUCAAGGUGAUUGCGGCAGAAGGGGAGCGGGCAGCCUGUGAGGCGCUGAGGGCCUCCACCGAUGCGCUCUCUGGUUCCCCCGGUACCCUGCAGCUCCGACUGCUUCAGCUCCUGCAUAGCCUGCAGACGGAGCGCUCGUCCCUUGUGCUCAACCUGCCCCGCGGUGCGCUCCAGCUGCCCACUGACCUCCCCAGUCUCCCCAAUAUCAUCCUACCUCCAGUGACCAUGACCCAGCAGAGUCCAGUAGGUGAUGCCAGUGAUUCUCCCAUGAUGUGAGGGUUUAGCAUGCAUAUGAUGUUUACCAUUUACAGAUUAGGUUGGACUGAAAGCAACUUCAGUGGCAAAAAAGGGAGCCCAAAAAGGCUUUCCUGGAUGUUAUCACCAUCCAAUUAUACAAGCUUUUCAUAAUUAAAAUAUAACUCCUUGUGUAUAAUGCAAUUACCGACAUUCUGGAUGGAUAGAGUGCUCAUAUAAUGCAAUGAUGAAUCAUUUUGUGGAUUUGAAUAACAUGUUCAACUACUCA